AUGUCUACGCACCAGAUUGUCAUCAUUGGCGCCUCCUUCGCCGGCCUCACUGCGGCUCAGGGUCUGUUGAAGACCGUUAUCCCAUCUCUGGGUGGGAAGGACAAGUACAAGGUUGUCCAGAUCGCCCCCAGUGAGGACUUCUACUGGAAGAUUGGUGCCCCCCGAGUCAUCGCGAACCCCAAGUCUCUCCCUCUCGAGAAGGCCCUUCUCCCAAUCGCCCCCUACUUCAACAGCUACGGCCCUGAACAGUACGAGUUUGUCAAGGCCUAUGUCACCUCGAUUGACACUGCGACCAAGACCGUCCACACGAGCACGUCUGCUGCCAUCCACUACGACUCUCUCAUCAUCGCCUCUGGCACCAACUUCAACACCCCCCUCUGGACAGUCACAGACGGCCCCGAGGCCCUCAAGGCCGCCCUAGAUGAAGUCCACAGGAAGAUCCCUGAAGCCAAGACCAUUCUGAUUGCUGGUGGCGGCGCUGCUGGCGUUGAGACGGCAGGCGAGUUCGGUGAGACAUACGGAAAGACGAAGGAGAUCACCAUUCUUUCCGGCACCACCGGCUUGUUGCCGAGACUUCAGAACAAGAAGAUCGGGGCUGAUGCUCAAAGCCGACUUGAGAAAUUUGGGGUCAAAGUCGUCAACGACAAUGUCAAGGUCGUCGAGCACACCAAGGAAGACGGCAAGGAUGUCUUGAAGCUAAGCAACGGCGAGACCAAGACGGUCGACAUCUACAUCGAUGCCACAGGUGACAAGCCUAACAGCAAGUUUGUGCCUCAGGAGUGGCUCAACGAUCGCAAUCAAGUCAAGGUUGACCCUCACACGCUUCGUCUGGACGUUCCUGGCGUCACUGGUGUCUACGGUUUUGGCCCCGUCGCUAGCUACUCAGAUGGUGCUGCCAUUGACAUUAGCUUCGCAAAGGGCGCUUUCUUGGAAACCCUCAGAUCGGACCUGUCAGGAGCCACUCCCGGCCCUCGCACCAAGAAGAUCUACAAGAAGAUGACAAGUGACAUGCAGAUCGUGCCCAUUGGCUCCCAAGGCGGUGUUGGCGUUCUCUUCGGCUACAAAGCGCCCAGCUUCUUGGUGAAGAUGGCCAAAGCGAAGGAUUACAUGAUUGGCAGGGCUGUUCAGACGCUUGACGGCACUGCCUGA